AACGAGCUGAUACCUCACGAGUCACACACACACACACACACCCUGACACCCCUCGUUUGUUGACAUAUCGCCGCCGGUGGCCAUGGAGGGGACCUUCAUCACGACGGAGCUCCGCGGCGCGCUGGCCAAGGUGGCCGUGUUCCUGCUCGUCCAGGGUCUGGUGUACCUGAUCCUAAGAAGCUCGUCUGACGUCUUCUCCAAAGAUAAGAAGCUCAGGUCCCUGAGCUUCCGGUCCAUGCGGUCCAUGAGCGUGAGGCGCGUGCUGGCGCCGUUCUCCGACGUGCCCGUCGGCACCGACGAACCCUCCUCGCCUUCGCUGCUGUCGUCGUGGUAGUCGCGCCGCUCUGCUAACCGCGAGGAUUGAAUUGCUUGGAGAGCGGUUGCUUAGUUCUGAACGUAUGGACAGUUCCUCUGUUCUGAGUUGUCAUGGAUUCUUAUUGCGGUUGAGAUUUGAGAAUCAUAUUUGAACUCCCAUAAAGUGAGAUUAGCUAGGUGGGAUCUGUAUCUGUAGAUAUGUACAUUGAAUUGAAUUUGGUGGAUGGAUUAUUUGAUUCUAAAAAAAGUGUCUGCUCUCAGUUUUUUUUGAAACGGAGUCUGCUCUCAGUUGUGAUU